GGCUCUCGGGGUAUGAUAGCCGCGCCAUCGGAUACGGGGAAGACACAUCCGCACAGGAUUCUCUCAUAACCUAGGGAGGUCUCAGUUUUAGAGGUCAAGUCGUCUUCCAAGAGUAUUUAAGACGGUCUAGAUGCCCUCCUCCAUGACACCAAGUGGACAUAAAUUCAUAAUCAUCACAUCACGCCAUUACCAUUGUCUUAUUCACCAUGAGCCGUCUCAAUCUUCUCAACCGCCUUUCCAAGAAAGGACGAGAGCGUCGUGCUGUUACUACAAUGAGUGAUAGCACUAGACCAUCAUCAGAGGAGAAGACAUCGUCCGAAUAUCCAGCUCUGACCUCCAUCAACUUCCCAUUAUCGGGCAUCAAGCGUCUCACUUUGACUGAAUCACCCUAUGACAAGCCAGUGGAGAUCAUACGCAAAGAAGAGUAUCCUCACAUGAACAAUGGUAUCUACCUCGACCACAGCGGCACUACCAUCUACGCCCAAUCGACCGUCAAGCUCUUCGCUCAAAAGAUGAGCGCCAACCUUUACGGUAACCCCCACUCCGCCAACGAGCCCGCCAAGUUCUCCGGUGACAUGGUCGACUCGGUACGCGAAAAGACCCUCCGUUUCCUCGGCGCCGACCCACGCCACUUCGACCUCGUUUUCGUCGCCAACGCCACUGCGGCCAUCAAGCUUGUCGCCGACUGCUUCCGCGACCUCGCUGAGCAGACCCGCACCGGCUCCUUCUGGUACGGCUACCAUCGUGACGCACACACCAGCCUUGUCGGCGUGCGUGAGUUGACUAAGGGGCCGCAUAGCCACAAGUGCUUUGAGAGUGACGCCGAAGUCGAGGAGUGGAUUGAGGGGAGGAAUACCUUUGGUCAACCAGCUGGUAGUCUUGCUCUUUUUGCCUACCCCGGGCAGAGCAACCUCACGGGACGCAGACUGCCGCUCAACUGGACGGGCAGAAUCCGACACGACAGGACCAAGAGGCUACGCAACACGUACACCCUUUUGGAUGCUGCCGCAUUGGCUAUGACCAGCCCCAUGUCUCACGUCUUCGAAGACCCUGAUACCGCGCCGGACUUCACCUGCGUGUCAUUCUACAAGAUCUUUGGCUUUCCAGAUGUGGGCGGCUUGAUUGUUCGCAAGGACUCUGGCCAUAUUCUAGCACUGAGAAAAUACUUUGGCGGAGGCACCGUCAGUUUGGUCAGCACCAUCGGAAGCGCAUGGCAUGUAAGCAAGGGGUUGGAGACCAACACCCAUGAGGAUGGGAGCGAACACGUCGGCGGUCUACAUGAGGGUCUGGAAGACGGGACGCUCCCCUUUCACAGCAUCCUAGCGUUGGGCGAGGCAAUCGAUGUUCACAAAGAGUUGUUUGGAAGCAUGGAGAAUAUUUCUACCCAUACGUCGAUGCUGGUAAGGAGACUGUAUCAAGGGAUGAAAGGGAUGAGGUAUGGCAAUGGUCAACCGCUUUGCACGGUUUAUCAUUCUGGAGAUGAAGACCUUUGGGAAAACGGGAAGGGGGAUGAGGUGUAUGGUAAUGCGAGGGUGCAGGGUGCCACGGUGGCGUUUAACGUGUUCAGGGAGGAUGGGACGUAUGAGAGUUAUGCAAUGGUGGAGAAGAUGGCGAAUGAUAGGGGGAUUUAUGUGAGGUCUGGUGGCGUCUGCAACCCCGGGGGAGUUUUUACUGCACUUCACUACGAGCCGUGGCAGUUGAAUAGGGCCAAGUCCGCUGGUCAUCAUUGUGGCUCUAACGGGUUGAGCGUUAUCAACGAGCUUCCCACGGGUAUCGUCCGAGCAAGUCUAGGCGCCAUGAGCACCACUCAAGACGUUGACGCCUUCCUCACGUUCCUCAGGGAGAAUUUUCUGGAGAAAGGCCUCCCCGCGAAGAAAUCCAAUAUCAAGAGAAAGAGGCAGCAAACCCAAAACUUGUUCAACAGCAUCUCUUCUGCAGCUACAGCGACAGCCACUACAAAGCAGGGGGAAGGAACAGGGACAAUGGUCACCUUGCCGCCGUCGCCGACGCCCACUUCCUUUCGGGAGGAAGGAGCAUUGGUGAUGAAGCCGAAGAUGUUGGAGAGGGUCGGUAGUGCUAUUUCUGUUUGAGGAAGGGAAAAGGGGUUGAUGACUAUCUUCUGGGAUGCGGAUUUGGUAACUGGGGAAUAGGUUUAAUGUUUCAAUGGCGCGAGGGAGGCUGUCUGAGUGUUGGAUUGGUGUUCGCGUUGGGAGCAAUGCCAUUUUCAUUUUCCUUUUGGUUGUCCUUGUGCUUCUUUCCUUGCAUUUCCCAUUUCCUUCUUAUUUCCUUGGGAUAUUGAGUUCCUAGUUUCUUGGGUGUCCUAGCUUGGUAGACCUUAUACUCCUA